UUUCUCCUUGGGAACAUUGAAUAUUGCUAACAAGUCAGAGGUCCAAAUAUCUGUGAGUUUGUUCGGGAGGCAAGCGUGCUCAUCUGAUAUCUGACCCUCUAACCAGCCUUAAUGACUUUGAUAGGAAGAGUACACUGGUGAUAAUGUGGAUAGUUGACCUAAAAGUGAAUGAAGGAAGAAGGGUGGAGAGGAUAAGAGGCCCUCUGUCCUGCUAGGGACUGAUAAAUUCAUUAAGGCCUUAAACUUAGGCAAUGGCAAGUGACAGUAGAGAUGGAGUAAAAAGAAAAGUUUUGGUAAGUAUUCAGGCAGAAUUCAUUGGUCAUCAUGACCAUUAGAAAUGUAGAACAAAAACAAAACAAACACUUUUAUAUGGGUUUAUCUAUAAACAUUGGUGCAAUAUAUUGAGAUAUGGAUUGAAAAUGAACGAGUGGGUUUAUGGAGUUGAGAGAGAAGGAAACAUAUAUCCUAAUGGAGGCUGAAGUAUGAGUGGACAAACAGCAUCUGGGUAGAUGAGUAAGGAUUCAGUAAGAUAGUGUGGAUUAGGAGGAGUUCUAUAAUAUAGCAGUUUAUAUCAAGGGAGAGGCCACUCAUAAAGAAAAUGACAGUGUUAGGAAGAGGUCCUAUACUGAUCACAUGGAUAUCUUCUUUCUAACCACUGGUGUAUGGAUAUUUGUGUCUCUAAAGCUAGCUCUAUGUUUCUUUGUAUUUUUGCAUGCUUAGAGAACUAAUAAUUCCAAAAUGACAUGCAUACUUAGAGGAAUAAGAUCUGUUAGAAGUGAGAAAUGACUCUUUGCUUGGUACUGAAAGAACAAAGUCUCUAAAAAAAGAAUGUUAUACUUUCACUUUCCUCUUAUUUGAAAAAAACUCUUGUGGCUCUCGUACAUUUCACAAGUGCAUGAAUGUUGGCUUAUUAUGUUGUUCAUGACUUGAUAGACUUACUCUUUCAUCUUUCUGUUAUUGGAUAUAUGUCUUUAUUUACUAGUCAUUUCUUGGAGGGGUUGUUCUCAUAUUGUCACAUCACAAAUGUCACCUUAAGAAAACAUCUAUUUAAAAUGCACAGAUGCACACUAACCAAACUUCUAAUGUACACGUACAAUUAACAAGGGAGUGCUUGUUCUGCCUAAUGAUUCUUCACACUCAUAAAGCUGCCUUUAGUUCAGUUGACAAGUGAUUUUUCUCCAAGAAUUUAAAUUGGUAUCCGUAAUUUCAUAUGCUGUUACUACAUGAUAAUGGAUUCAUGACAUCGUAUUACUGUUUCCCAGGCAAGCCAUUUCUCCUAAUCUUUUCUCCUAGUAGACAUGCCACUGGUCUUUAGUGAAGAAAGAGACUACCACUCCUUAAUCCUCACUAAACAUGCCAUCAAAUACUUGCUUUAUUUUUAUAAAUCAAGAUCAUCUUCAUUCCAGAAUGUCCAUGUUCUUCUAUCUGUUUCUCUUGGUUUUGGGGCUUCAGGCUACAAUCCAUUGUGCACCACAUAACAGCUCUGAAGGCAAAGUAACGACCUGUCAUUUGCCCCAACAAAAUGCCACUCUCUAUAAGAUGCCAUCUAUCAAUGCUGAUUUUGCCUUCAGGCUGUAUCGGAAGCUCUCUGUGGAGAACCCAGAUUUGAACAUCUUCUUCUCCCCUGUGAGCAUAUCUGCUGCUUUAGCCAUGCUUUCUUUUGGAUCUGGCUCUAGCACCCAAACACAGAUUCUGGAGGUCUUGGGGUUUAACCUCACAGACACUCCUGUGAAAGAAUUACAACAGGGCUUCCAGCAUUUGAUCUGUUCAUUGAAUUUCCCCAAUAAUGAACUGGAAUUGCAGAUGGGAAAUGCAGUUUUUAUUGGGCAACAGCUGAAACCACUGGCAAAGUUUUUGGAUGAUGUCAAGACCCUCUAUGAAACUGAAGUCUUUUCUACUGACUUCUCCAAUGUUUCUGCAGCCCAGCAUGAGAUCAACAGUUAUGUGGAGAAGCAAACCAAAGGGAAAAUUGUAGGCUUAAUUCAAGACCUCAAACUGAACAUUAUCAUGAUUCUGGUGAACUAUAUUCAUUUCAAAGCCCAGUGGGCAAAUCCUUUUCGUGUAUCUAAAACAGAAGAGAGUUCCAACUUCUCAGUGGACAAGAGCACCACAGUACAAGUGCCCAUGAUGCACCAGCUAGAACAAUACUAUCAUUACGUGGAUGUGGAGCUGAAUUGUACAGUACUUCAAAUGGACUAUAGUGCAAAUGCCCUGGCACUUUUUGUCCUUCCGAAGGAAGGGCACAUGGAAUGGGUGGAAGCAGCCAUGUCAUCUAAAACACUGAAGAAGUGGAACCAUUUAUUGCAGAAAGGAUGGGUUGAAUUGUUUGUUCCAAAGUUUUCCAUUUCUGCCACAUAUGACCUUGGAAGUACACUUCAGAAGAUGGGUAUGAGGGAUGCCUUUGCUGAAAGUGCUGACUUUCCUGGAAUCACAAAAGACAAUGGUCUAAAACUUUCCUAUGCUUUUCACAAGGCUGUGCUACACAUUGGUGAAGAGGGAACUAAAGAAGGAGCUUCUCCUGAAGCUGGAUCUCUGGAUCAGCCAGAAGUAGCUCCUCUUCACGCUGUCAUCCGAUUGGAUAGAACAUUCUUACUGAUGAUCUUAGAGAAACGAACAAGAAGUGUUCUCUUUUUAGGGAAAGUUGUUGACCCAACAAAAGAGUAAUUAACGAAGAGGUCAUUGAGUAUGUAUAUAUUAUAAUUGGAAAUAAAUGUAUUGCAUAGCUUAA